AUGCCUUCAGGCUUCAUUUCCCUAAGCGGUGGUGCAGAAACGACAAAGGAAGAGAACAUGACUAAGGCUAUAAAGAAUAUUCUUAGUGAGAAUUUUGAUGAUGAUGAAGCAACAGAGUCUCAGACUCUAUUGUAUAAAAAUCUAUGGCUUGAGGCUGAGGCUGCAUUAUGUUCCGUCUCUCACAAAAAUUGCUACAAUCAAAUGAAGAUUGAAAUGGAGAAACAGUCAUACAAGCAAAGAGACAUGGAGCAGCAUUCAAAAUCAGAAGUUAUUCCUAGUUUAAGCAGGAGUGAGAGUUCUGCAAUUGAAGUUAACAAAUGUCUAAACUCUGAUUCUUCUACUGCUACCAUUCCAAAACUUGGAGGGUUUGCUUCAUCAAUAAUACAGCUUAUUGGUAUUGUUGUUGUGAUGUCACAGGUUACAUGGCAAGUUUUUCUCCUAGUUGUCCCAAUGGAAAUUGGUUGUUUAUCGAUGCAGAAAUACUACAUUGCUUCCUCAAGGGAACUGCCACAAUCAGAGGUUCUGGUGAAAUCACUUCAGAAUACCAAAUACUCAAUCAAUGAAAAUCUAGAGAGUAGCUCUAUCAAUCUUUUUAGGCAAAAUUCAAUAGACCAUGCUGUAGAGGAGGAUGGAGAACUAGAAACUUUGGAUAGUGGUGAAGAUAAUAAUGGAGUGGAUUCAGAUGGUUCAGAAUCAUCUGAUCAAGAUGAAACUGAUAGAAAGACUGGACGGAGCAAACAGAUUUCAACUGUACCUAUUCAGCUUAGCAUAUAUUCGCCCAAUAUUGUUAACUUGACACUCAUUGAUCUUCCUGGGCUUACGAAGAUAGCUGUAGAGGGCCAACCUGAUAGUAUUGUGCAUGACAUUGAGAAUAUGGUUCGCUCCUACAUUGAGAAGCCGAACUAUGCAAACCUUGUCCCUGUUUCAUCCACCGCCGAUGUCUUAAAUUUGAUGAACUUGGGACAAAGAAAUCCGGCAGUUAGUGCUACUGCGAUGAAAAAUCAGAGUAGUCGAUUCUCAUGGCUGCUUGACAGUUCAUGUUCAAGGAAGAGAGCUUACGUCAGGAAAUAG